CAGCUAUCUAAGACUUGGCGUAGUAUACCUGAUACGAGACGUUAGUAAUAUCUUCAGCGAACUACGCAAUGAACGUGGUCCAACAUGCGAGGGGUCGGUAUCUUCAUCUUGAUAAUAGCCGCUACACAGACAGGUACCGAUUCAUAUUUUGGAUUAACAGAGAAGAAGGUUCACUUGGAACAACUAGAUGCUAUUUCUCCGAACUGUAAAAGUCUAAGUCUCUCGAAAAAGCAAAGGCGUUUCUGCAAAAAAGACCCGGGCAUGCCGGAAACACUGUUCGAAGCAGUGCGCCUCAGUACCGCGGAAUGUCAAUACCAGUUUUUUAACGAAAGAUGGAAUUGUACGUCGGGGGGAGGAUACAGGGAAAACGUUUUAAAAAGAGGUUUUAAAGAAACCUCGUUUCUCUACGCUAUAUCAUCGGCGGGACUGGCUCACUCGGUCGCCAGGUCGUGCAGCAGGGGUAUUUUGGACAGAUGCACGUGCGACGAGUCGUUUAACGACCAAACCAACAGGGCGACAUGGAAAUGGGGAGGGUGUGGAGACAACUUAAAAUAUAGUCAAAAAUUUGUACAAAAUUUUCUACAGCUCGAAAGUACAUCGAGGGGUCAGGAUUUGAGAGCGAAAGCGGAAAAACACAACAGUGAGGUCGGAGUCAGGCUGCGUCAAGGCUUCAACACGACAUGUAAGUGCCAUGGGGUAUCGGCCUCGUGUACGACGCGGACUUGCUGGCAACAGCUUAGCCCGUUCCGAGAAAUUGGCAAUCAGCUUAAGGAAAAAUACGAGAAGGCAUAUAAAGUAGUAAGUACGACCAACGAGUCGACGGGGACGUCGCAGUUGGUAACCAAGAGCCAAAAAGGGAAAUCGAGAGGCGCCACUGCUACAGACGGUGAAGAACCACCACCGAGACCGAGCGAUCUUGUGUAUGUGGACAAUUCGCCACACUUCUGCAAAAAGUCUAGGUUUUCACCGGGAACUGAUGGUAGACGUUGUUUGGUUGGCCCAAAUUGCAAUAGUAUUUGCUGCGGACGAGGUUACAAUAUCAAAACUAAAGUUGUGGAGAAGUCCUGUAAAUGUCGUGUUGUGUGGUGUUGUUAUGUCGAAUGUGACAUGUGCUCGGAAAGCGUAGAGAUUCAUCUGUGUAAAAAUAACCCAGACAAUUAGAAUUAUGUUUCCAGUGUAUAUAUACAGAAAAAAAAUCAUCCGGACAAACAUUUCGUCGAAUGGAGUUAUUGACGCAUGCGUAUGCGCAGACUGACGACAGAAAGACUCAUUGUUUUGCCAGUGUUUAUCAUAACUGAUGUCGUAAAUUAAUAGGUCUCAUAAUGACAUAUCUGAAACUAUAUUUGAUGUAUUUUUGUGAACGAUUGCCGAAAACAAUUUCUCACCACACUGUUUCCAAUGAGAUACAGGUGGGUCACGUGACAUUUGCGGAGAAUAUUGAGAGUGGCAUAGACAGUGAAGGCCGUGCACGUCAGGCAUGGUAUUUUAGUUUCUCUGUAUUAAUCUUGUUGUGAUCAUAGUUGGACCAUAUGACUAGAAGAAACCGGGUUUCUUCGCAACGAACAAUUUAUUUCCACCGUAGAACAGUGUUUGUUUGGUAUUAAGCACUUUUUAUGGUGCGCAUAUAUCAUAGAUCGACGCGGAUAUGCCGAACAAACAGGGCUUUCAUACUGAUGUUUUUAUUUUAUUAACUUUCGGCUCUGUACACAGCUGUAAAUUCGCAAUGGCAUUUAUUGCUGACUGCCAGACUAUUUGAUGAUUAAUUCAUGUACAAAGUGUUCGUAUGUCGUCCAUGACGGCAAGUGGAGAAUGUUCCAGAGUGGGAAUCCAACAAGAAUCGGGAAACAUAAUUCCCUAAUUCAGCGUUCACUCUGAAAAAAAUGUGUAUCAUUGGUCAAGUCGCUCUUAAGUCGCAUAAUUGUACUUUAUACGUUUGUGAUGGUCUUAAAUUAUUGCCAGAUAUUUGCAACUUA